AUAACUUGGAAAAGACGAACAUUUUUGCAGGAGAACAGGAGACGCUCUUGUUAUAUAGAGGAUCUUUGAGGAGGAUUUUUUUUUUCAGUGUGCUUCUGUCAUAAAAAGGAUGUUUGACUCAGGUUUUUGCCAUCAUUAAAAACAACACAGCUCUGUUUUUAUGUAUGACUAUAUUUGCCCUUUGCUGAAAUAAAAGUGGGUAACAAGAAGCAAACAGGACGCAGCUGCAACGCGACGCUUCCCGAACUCACAGCGCCUGUUUAUCUCCACACUUGACUCUUCCUCCUUUCUCCUCACUGCUCACUGCAAAACAUUUGCACACUUUAUUGAACAUGUCGGCCAUCCAGGCUCUGGAGCAAUGGUGCAGGUGCGAGUGUGAGGGCUACAGAGAUGUGAGCAUCACCAACAUGACCACGUCCUUCAGGAGUGGAUUGGCCUUCUGUGCCCUCAUCCACAGACACAGACCUGAUCUCAUAGAUUACGACUCUUUACGCAUGGAGGAUGUGUUUGACAACAACAAGCUGGCUUUUCAGGUGGCUGAGGAGAAACUGGGAAUCCCAGCUCUGUUGGACGCAGAGGACAUGGUGGCCUUAAGGAUCCCGGACAGGCUCAGCAUACUCACUUACGUCUCUCAGUACUACAACUACUUCAAAGGACGCACCCACAGUGAGAACACAGCGAGAGUUAAGAGGCCAUCAGAGAUCUCCAAGGAGGCGCCAUCAGAGAAGAAGAAUCUCCCGGUGUCCGUCAAAGCCUCGUUCUCCAAGAACCAGGCCCCUCCUACUGUCACCACCACACGAUCAUCGCCGAAGCCUGCAUCUCCUAAGCUAGAAAACGGCAACAAAAAUGGCACCAUGAACAGCAAAUGCGUCGCUUGCAAGAGUCACGUUCAUCUAGUCCAGCGCCACUUUGCGGAGGGAAAACUCUUCCACAGGACCUGCUUCAUAUGCUACGAGUGCUCAGGAACCCUCCAUGCAGGAGGCUACAAACCCGGCAAAGACCCGGACACUUUUAUUUGCAAAGUCCACAAAGACAACAACACCAAACCGUCCUCCGAGACUCGUAUCAAGACCAGACCUGGGAUGUCAAAUUUUUCCACGCAGCUUCCACCGCAACCCCAAUUGGUCCAUCCCGCACCUCCAACCCACUACUGGACGGCGUCAGCGCAGAAGACACAAGCAGCCCGGCAGAACUUUUUCCUGGAGACAUCGACAACCGAUUGCAGGAAGUCGACGGAGCAAUGGGGGCAGCUCAUGUUCCCGCAAAAACCAGAUGCCGACCGGAGUAGAAAUGGAAAGACACAGGAAAACUGCAACAAUAACAACAAAUAUUUAUUUCCUGUUUGCUCUGGAGAGACAUGUUUAUCCAAAAAGUCCAAUCUGCGAAUGCUUGAAUGCAGCAAAACCCCAGAAUCAAACGUUCUAAGCAGCGGCAGUGAAGAACCUGCAUGUUCUACGGCAAUCAAGUGUGACACCAUAACAGAAACAUCCACUAAAGGUCCGCUCUGUGACAUGCAAAUUAGGCCCAAAUUUUGCCAAAUCACACCACAACUAAGCAGAGAUGACUCCACAAAUGGAGAACAUGGCUCGAUGUCGACGCCUUUCUACAGCGCAACGAGGUCUCCAACGUCAGCACUAGUUUCCUUUCCACCAGCUCACCAUGGACGUCUAGAUCCCCCCAGGACGCGCUUGUCUGUCAAAUCUCUGGCAAGAUGGCCGCCUUCAGAAUCCACAAGCUCACCAUCAUCAGGUGCUAAAAAGGGAAAGUAUUUGUCACCCACCGACGCCUCCAGGACUGAAAUGAGGUCACCCUCUCGCGAGUCUUAUCACAUCCCAGCGGAGCAGAUUGAGAGCGAGCUGAGCGACAUCGAGGCAAACGUAGCGCGCUUGGAGAGAGAAGGCGUGGAACUGGAGAAGAAGCUUCGCCGCUGUGAGGAAGAGGGUGAGACCAACUUGCUGAUGGACCCACUGAUGGUUGACUGGUUUAUACUCAUCCAGAAGAAGCAAAUGUUCAUCAGGAGGGAGUCAGAACUUGUUUACACUGCCAGGACUCAGGAUCUGGAAAAGCAGCAGCUCCGUGUCGAGCGGGAACUCCGCACCCUGCUGGAGAAGCCUGAUCACGGCAAGACCACAGACGAGCGAGCGCGGGAGAAGACUCUGAUGCGGAGGCUGAUGGAAAUCGUGAACGGCAGGAACGCCAUCGUGGAGGUUCUGGAUGACGACCGACUCAGGGAAGUGGCGGAGGACGAGCAGUUGAAUGCCAUGAUGAGAAAUUUAGGGUUAAAGAGAGACAAACCUAAAAGGAAAUCUUCCAUCUCAAAACUGUUUGGUCGAAGAAGUAAGAGAAGAGUGGAAUAAUCUAAACUUUACUCACAUUGGCUAUUCACUUUCAUAAUUUCAUUUUCAGCCAUUUUCCGGAAUAACAACACCAUUUACUUUACACCAUUACUAAUUCCAGAAUUUCAGUUUAGGGGUUUUUUUCCUGCUAGUACACAAACAUUUGAACUAAGUGUGGCCCGGUUGUGAGUGUUUGUGUUUAUUUAGGCUUGCAGUGUAACGCUAGCUGAUGCUUCCAUGGAAUAUUCACACAUUGUUACUGCAGCAGUUUGUCAUAUUAUACCCAUAAUAUAUCCAAGGCAGGAAUCGCAACACAUUAAAGUAUUUUUUACUUACAUUUGA